CGUCCCCAUCCGCGUUCCCGGCCCUCUGUCCCCUCCCGCUCGCCGUCCCCAUCCGCGUUCCCGGGCCUGUGUCCCCUCCCGCUCGCCGUCCCCAUCCGCGUUCCCGGGCCUGUGUCCCCUCCCGCUCGCCGUCCCCAUCCGCGUUCCCGGGCCUGUGUCCCCUCCCGCUCGCCGUCCCCAUCCGCGUUCCCGGGCCUGUGUCCCCUCCCGCUCGCCGUCCCCAUCCGCGUUCCCGGCGCUGUGUCCCCUCCCGCUCGCCGUCCCCAUCCGUCUUCGCCGGCCCUGUGUCCCCUCCCGCUCGCCGUCCCCAUCCGCGUUCCCGGCCCUGUGUCCCCUCCCGCUCGCCGUCUCCGCACGCAGCUCGCGUUCGGCGGUGGUCUCUCCCCUCCCGCGCGCCGUCCCCUCCCGCCGGCUGUCUGUCCCGGCGCCGGCUGCCGCGAUGGUGUUCCAGUGCCAGAGGGACAGCUGGGCCCGGCAGUUCGCCACCAGGGUCGCGUCGUGCCGCCCCGCGGAGCUGCCGGCCGAAGGCGGCGCGAAGGAGACGCUGCGGGGCUUCCACGUGGUGCUGGAGGACACGAUUCUCUUCCCCGAGGGCGGGGGCCAGCCCAGCGACCGGGGGCUUAUCGAUGACAUCCCCGUGCUCCGCGUGACGCGGCAGGGCCCGGCUGCCCUCCACUUUGUGCAGAGCCCGCUGGCGCCGGGCAGCGAGGUGCUGCUGACGGUGGACUGGGAGAGGAGGUUUGACCACAUGCAGCAGCACUCAGGGCAGCAUCUCAUCACUGCCCUUGCAGAUCAGAUGUUUGGAUUCAAAACAACUUCAUGGGAGCUAGGCCAUCAGCGCACUGUCAUCGAGCUGGACACGCCCUCGGUGACAGCAGAACAGGUGGAGGCCCUAGAGAAGAAUGUGAAUGAGAAAAUCCGGGCCCGUAUUCCUGUGGUGGUGAGGGAGCAUUCUGAGGACGACCCAGAGAUUGAGAUGGUGAGAAGCCGCGGUUUGCCAGAUGACCACACAGGGCCAGUGCGUAUCAUAAGCAUCGAGGGCAUCGAUGACAACAUGUGCUGCGGGACUCACGUCUCCAACUUAAGUGACCUGCAGGUUAUUAAGCUCCUUGGCACAGAAAAAGGAAAAAAGAACAAGACCAACUUGGUCUUCCUGGCAGGAAAUCGAGUACUGAAGUCUGUCGAGCGAAGUCACAGCAUCGAGAAAGCAUUAACCUUGCUGCUCAAAAAUGGGGCAGAGGAGCACGUGGAAGCUGUGAAGAGGCUGCAGAAUUCUGUGAAGCUGCUUCAGAAGAACAACUUGAACUUGCUUAGAGACCUCGCCGUUUUGACAGCGCAGAACUUCAAAAGCAAUCCAGGCCGAGGCCGAGUGUUUGUGUUGCACAGGAAAGACGGGGACUCUGAGUUCAUGAAUAUCAUUGCCAAUGAGAUCGGGACAGAGGAUACCCUGCUCUUCCUGACUGUGGGAGAUGAGAAGGCAGCUGGGCUCUUCCUCCUGGCUGGGCCCAGUGAAGUGGUUGAAAAAUUAGGCCCCAGAGUGGCGGAACUGCUGGAAGGCAAAGGAGCUGGGAAACGGGACCGCUUCCAAGGCAAGGCGACCAGGAUGAGCAGGCGAGCAGAGGUGCAGGCCCUGCUCCAGGACUUCAUUGGCCACCAGAGCCUGGAGGAGUAAGGACCAGCCCUUGCCAGAGGAUUUCCCCCAUCUGCUGUUCAUUGACCUGGGACGACAGGGUCACUUGCUGACUCCCUCUAGACCAAUAAAAGUUAUGUUAUGAGAA